AUGACCCGGAAGAAGUUUGUGCCACUCUUCACUGAAGGCGGUACUGAGAAUCGCGUGUCAACGCUGUUACCAGGUCGCCAUCCUUGUCAGUGUCUGGCUGUCCGACACCGCCUUAUAGCCAACUGCAUUUCUUGCGGCCGCAUUGUCUGCGAGCAGGAGGGUUCGGGAUCCUGCUACUUCUGCGGCAACCUAGUAGUAUCUGCUGCGGAACGCAAAUUGAUUGACAGGGAUUCCAAUUCCGGUAGAAAGCUAAAGGCUCGUCUCCAAUCCUCGCAAUGGGCACCCGGUACUCCCACGCCUCCUUGGGUUCUGUCUCGUCCGUCUCGAAAAAAGAACAAAACCAACCACCAUAAUAAGCAAGUACUUACAGAGGAUGAAUGUCUUGUUGGAAACUCAGAGGUUUGGGCAGACGAUCCCUGUGAAGAUGAAGACGGGGAAGACCCUUUGCCUGACACCGACGCACAAACGCGGCUGGAAGAAGGUCUCGUGCACGCCCUCCUUCAGCGCGAUCGUUUGCUCCACUUUGAUGCAACUACGGCAAAACGCACAAAGGUGAUUGACGAUGAGCUGGACUACUUUGUAAGCGAGGCGUCCGGUGUUGGGGCGGUGUGGCUAGACCCGGAAACGCGCAAGCGUGUUGCCGAACGAGUUGAGGCGCUACGGGCCCAGCGACAGGCCAUGCGUUCCCAGUCCUUUGGAUUUUGCAUUGACUUCUCCAACAUGACUGUCACUGAGGAGGACUUGCAAAACCCGGACUUCAUCGCUUUCAUUAUGUCACUGUUGAGUGCUCUUGAAAACGCAUCCACACUGAAAUUGCCCAUGUUCUUUUAUCUCCUGAUUACCAGCCGAUCAUCAGCCGAUCAGGGUUGGGCUGUGCACCCUGAGGCUUCAGAGCAGUUCUUUGAUGCAGAAGAGGACGUGUCAUGUCAACAGGGGGGUGAAACCACCUCGGGUGGCAUUUCGGACCCACUUCUGGACGUACCAACGCCUCAAUUCGUGGUGGAAUCAUUUGCGAAGAAAGUAGGUGGCAGUUCGGCGACAGGCGACGCCUCCACGAAGCCAAAGUCCAAGCAACACGGCUCGGGCUUGUCGCGCGUGCAGGACAACGAACAGCAAAGGAUUCUUGACCGCGGUUUCUGCCUAAGCAUGCACCAGCCCUGGGCGUCAUUGCUUGUGCGCGGCGUGAAAAUUCACGAAGGUCGCUCGUGGUACUCAGCUCACCGUGGCCCUCUGUGGAUUGCAGCUGCCGCCAAAGUUCCCAAUGAGGAGGAAGUGCGAGCGGUUGAAGAGGAGUAUUUGGAAAGAGUAAUCGUGUGUCUUGGAAAAGCAAACAAAAUCUGCGGAUUUCGGGAUUCUUUUCUUGUCGCCGAUGGCUUUGCAAAAGUCACCCACAUAAAUGCCGCGUGUUUCCUUAUCACAGGAGCCAGGAAAGCGGAUUUGCCCACGUCUUACCCAGUCGGGGUCCUCGUGGGGUGUGUCAACGUGGACGAUGUUCUACCCCAGAAGGAGUACAGAACCAAGUUCCCCCAAGGCGAGUCAAAUAGCCCGUACGUGUUCGUCUGCUCGGACCCCCGUGAACUCCUCAUAAAGCUUCCGCUUUCGGGCCAGCAUAAAAUUUACAAACUUGAUCCGCAUAUCCACGCGGCUGCAAAGGAGAAUCUUACUUGA